UUUUUUUUUUGCGGUUUUAUACGUUUUAUUCCUAUUUGCUUGAACUGGAUUUAUACACUGGGCAAUGUCACUUAUUUAUGGUUUGAUAGCACGAGGCUCUGUUAUUCUGGCCGAGCACACAAAUAGCACGGGUAACUUUACAACAGUUACUUUGGCUAUUCUUGAAAAGAUUCCACCCAACAAUUCCAAACUCACCUACGUCUAUGACAGAUAUUUGUUUCACUAUAUUUGCGAGGAUGGUAUCACUUACAUGUGCAUGGCAGACGAUUCUUUCGGUCGACGUAUUCCUUUCAUCUUUUUACAAGAUUUAAAGGACAAAUUCUUAUCGACGUAUGGUAAAACCAGAGCGUUCGAAGCCCCACCCUAUGGAUUGAACGAAUUUGCGCGAGUGAUAGAGAAGCAAAUGGAAUUCUUUUCUACCAACCCAAGUGCGGAUAGGUUAAAGCAAGUACAUGGAGAGAUUGAACAAGUCAAAGAUGUGAUGGUGCAUAACAUUGAAAGAGUCUUGGAAAGAGGAGACCGGAUUGAGCUCUUGGUUGAUAAAACAGACAAUUUAAAUCAGCAAGCUUUUGCAUUUAAAAAGAGAAGUACACAAUUGAAGCGCGCUAUGUGGUGGAAGAAUACAAAAAUUAUGGCCAUGAUCGGCAUAGUGAUGUUGUUGUUGAUUUAUUUCAUUGUUGGUUCCGUAUGCGGAUUUCCUGGUAAGUUGUUCACGACAUCACUUUUCUUAUAUAAAGAAGAACUGGCUUUGAUGGUUUCUUGA